AUGCUUUUAAAUCCAUCCAAUAUUAUCGACAGAAAUAACACCAACAGCAGCAACACUGUGCCAACUACACAACAUACUUCAUGCUCAGUAGCUGCUUCCAGCACACCCAGAACAUUUCCAUACUCCAAACCUUCCGAACUAACGUUAUCGAUGGAUCACGGUCAUGAGAUAAAUGGAACUACUAUUGACAAUGUGGACAAGUCAUCAAGCUUUUACAAACUCAUAAUGGACUUGAAGCAACUCCUAGCUGGCAAAGGGUUGUCUUCAGAGGAUAUAAAUGUUGACAAAGUCAUGGAACUAAUGGAGAACUAUAAAUCUUCUGAUAUCGAUUGGGCACACUUGGCCCUCCACGAUGAAUCGAGAAAUUACUCAAGAAACGGUAUUAUCAACUUGAACGGUAAUGCCAACUUGUUGAUACUUGUAUGGUCUCCAGGUAAAUCAAGCGCUAUUCAUGACCAUGCUAAUGCCCACUGCUGUAUGAAGAUUUUAAAGGGAGAACUUAGAGAGUCGUUGUAUGAUAUCCCAGACCAUACUGGACAACAAUUAAAGUGCAAAAAAGAAACGCCCUUGUACCGUGAUCAGGUUGGGUACAUUGCUGACACUAUUGGACUUCACAAGAUUACCAACCCGUUGCAAGAUGAAGUUAGUGUUUCACUUCAUCUCUACACACCCCCAUAUGCCGCUUUAUAUGGAUGCAGCAUGUACGAGGCUUCCAAUGGAAGGAAGCAUCAUGUUGACAUGUCCAAAUACUAUAGUUGGCAAGGAGAGUUGGUCAAUGAAGCACACUCCCUGACUUGCUAG